CCGACCCAGCUCCUACAUCCCUUCCCUUCGAUUCUUUCUCAAUAAAGCGGGAACAUCAGGCCAAAUAAAACCAAUCGCGCUCAUGAGAAGCCUCACCGUGCUUUUGAUCGUGGCGCUCGCUGCCGUCGUUAUCGUGCCGCUGGUCGCCACCGCCGGCCAAGCGGGCCUUCCAGCCAGGAGGAGCCGGUUCCUGGCGGCCAACGCCCUGCCCGUCUACGACUGCUCCAAGAAAUCGGCCUCCGUCUGCCUCGAGCAGGGGAGCCCAGGGGCGACGUGCUGCAGCGGCCAGUGCGUCGACACCAUGUCCAGCCCGUACCACUGCGGCGGCUGCCAUAAGGUGUGCAAGAGCCGCCGCGGUACUUGCUGCGGCGGGCGCUGCGUCGACCUGGACUCCGACAAGGACAACUGCGGCAGGUGCGGGAACCAGUGCAGCAACAAGAAGUGCAACUAUGGUUUCUGUGACUACGCUUAAUAUACCAAGAUCUGACUGUGAAAGCUUUGUGAAGAUCUUGUUUGCUGCAAAUGAUGACUAGCUAUAUUCUCGCUGCAAAUCGCGAAAGUGGAAACACUUGUUGACUGGAGUUAAGUACUCUAAGGUUCUAUUUUCAAUGGGAAGAGAGGUUGAUGCGUGAACUUUUAUUAGGAUGAAAUUUGUCCUAAAAAUUUCGAUCCAAAAUUAAACUUCUCUUUCAAUUCCACACAGUGGCUGUGAGAUGCCAUCGGAAGAUGUAACAAAUUAAAGUUGAGAUUGUUUGUUGUAGUAGUACAUUAUUAUUCAAUUGUAUCCGACACUGUUAUUAUAUAUUCCUCAACUUUGAUCGACACAUAAAAUAGUUGUCUCUGUUGAGUAUAUAAUGUCACUCUAGAAAGACCCUCUGGGUAUAUCUUA